AUGGCGGUGGUGAACCUCCGCGCUGUUACCUCCUGGGUGGGCAUCGCCCGGAUCCUUGCUGUCGUGCUGGCCUGCCUUGCCUUCAGCUUGGUGGCCUCCACCAGGGCAUUUGGGGGCUCCUACGGGACGUGGUGCAUGUUCACCUGGUGCUUCUGCUUCGCCGUGACGCUGCUGGUGCUGCUGGUGGAGCUGCUGGAGCUGUACCCCAAGCUGCCGCUCUCCUGGGAUGACUUCACCUCGGCUUUCUCCAUGCUGGCGGCGUUGAUGGUCUUCACCAGCUCGGUGGUCUUCCCCUCCACCUUCAUCAAGAGUCCCUGCAGCGGUGACAAAUGUGCGCGGCAGGCUGUGGCCACCGCCGCCUCCUGCCUCUGCUUCCUCGCCUACGCCCUCGAGGUGGGGCUCACCCGCGCCAAGCCAUGCCUUGCCUACAUCCCCUGCCCGCUGGACAAGAUGCUGGUGGGCUACAACACCCUGGCCCUGCUCAUGUACAUCACGGCCACCAUCCUCUGGCCGCUCUACAGCUUCAGGGGGCAGAGCCGCCCGAACAACUGCGAUCAGAACUGCUGGUGGAACAAGCACCUGGGCAUCACCUUCCUCACCAUCUUCAACCUCAUCGCCUACCUGGUGGACCUGGUCUAC